CGGCGCGCGGAGGCGGGGCGUGAAGAGGUGGGCUGGGCAGAGCUCUGAACCUUCCCACUGGGAUCAGCUUCGUGGAAUCAAACAUGGCGUGCGGCUUCCGCAGGUCCAUCGCGUGUCAGCUUUCCAGAGUGUUGGAUCUCCCACCAGAAAACUUGAUCAAGUCAAUAUCUGCAGUUCCAAUUUCCAGAAAAGAAGAAGUAGCUGACUUUCAACUUUCUGUGGAUUCUCUACUGGAAAACAACAAUGACCAUUCAAGACCAGACAUUCAAAUUCAAGCCAUGAGACUGGCAGAGAAGCUAAAAUGUGAUACAGUGGUCAGUGAAAUCAGCACUGGUCAAGGGACCGUAAAUUUUAAAAUAAACAGAGAACUAUUAACAAAGACAGUGCUACAGCAGGUGAUUGAAGAUGGCUCAAAAUAUGGAUUAAAAAGUGAGCUUUUUUCUGGCCUUCCCCAGAAGAAGAUUGUGGUUGAAUUCAGUUCGCCAAAUGUUGCCAAAAAAUUUCAUGUUGGACAUUUGCGUUCUACCAUCAUAGGAAAUUUUAUAGCAAAUCUCAAAGAAGCGUUAGGACAUCAAGUAACAAGAAUAAAUUAUCUCGGAGAUUGGGGUAUGCAGUUUGGUCUUCUGGGAACUGGCUUCCAGCUGUUUGGCUAUGAAGAAAAACUACAGUCCAAUCCUUUGCAGCAUCUCUUUGAAGUUUAUGUACAAGUUAAUAAGGAAGCAGCAGACAAUAAAAAUGUAGCAAAAUCAGCACACGAGUUCUUCCAGCGAUUGGAACUGGGUGACACGCAAGCGCUCGCACUGUGGCGGAAGUUUCGGGACCUGAGCAUAGACGAGUACAUUCGGAUUUACAAGCGUCUAGGAGUACACUUUGAUGAAUAUUCAGGAGAAUCAUUUUAUCGUGAAAAAUCCCAAGAAGUCUUAAAGCUGCUGGACAGUAAAGGACUCCUACAGAAAACAAUAAAAGGCACAGCUGUUGUGGAUCUCUCAGGAAAUGGUGACCCCUCCUCAGUUUGUACCGUAAUGCGAAGCGACGGGACUUCUCUCUAUGCAACCAGAGAUAUUGCAGCUGCUAUAGAUCGAAUGGAAAAGUAUAAUUUUGAUGAAAUGAUUUAUGUGACAGAUAAGGGGCAAAAAAAGCAUUUUCAGCAAGUAUUCCAAAUGCUGCACAUCAUGGGCUAUGACUGGGCAGAAAGAUGCCUGCACGUGCCCUUUGGGGUGGUGCAGGGAAUGAAGACACGAAGAGGAGAUGUUACUUUUCUGGAAGAUGUUUUAAAUGAGAUUCGAUUGAGGAUGCUGCAGAACAUGGCUUCUAUUAAGAGCUUAGGAAACAUCAUUAUCAAGGCUGAAAUUAGCCCAGAUUGGGAAAGGAAAUUGCCACUGUACACCUGUUUUUACCUGAUCGCUACCAAAGAACUGGAGAACCCACAGGAGACAGCAGAGAGGGUCGGGCUCGCAGCCCUCAUUAUUCAGGACUUCAGAGGUUUACUGUUAUCUGACUAUCAGUUCAGCUGGGACCGAGUUUUCCAGAGUCGAGGGGACACAGGAGUCUUCCUACAGUAUACACACGCCCGCCUCCACAGUUUGGAAGAGACUUUUGGAUGUGGUUAUCUAAAUGACUUCAACACUGCUUGCUUACAAGAGCCACAGUCGGUUUCCAUUCUCCAGCAUCUUCUCAGGUUUGAUGAGGUGCUUUAUAGGUCAUCUCAGGACCUUCAACCCAGGCAUAUCGUCAGUUACCUUCUAACUCUAAGUCAUCUUGCAGCUGUGGCACACAAAACACUGCACAUAAGAAACAGUCCUCCUGAAGUGGCCGGGGCCAGACUUCAUCUUUUCAGAGCUGUCCGCUCUGUCCUGGCCAAUGGAAUGAAACUUCUGGGAAUAACACCUGUAUGUAGGAUGUAAUAUCUAGUUAAAAUUGCUUUUAAAAUACUAGAUAUAUUCUAGUUAUCUGUUCUUAUAUGUCUUGCUGUUUAGAAUAGAAUUGCAACUAUUAUUCUGUGUCAGAAUCUAUAUUUUGUCGUCUAUAUUUUAUUAAGUGAUUUAUCAACUUAUUAAAUCUUUAUCUUUUAAAAAAUCA